AUGGGCGUUAUUUUAAGUUGCUGCUUCAACCGGGGGAACAACGCUGAGAAUGAGUCGCUGUUACAGAACGGUCAAAAUGGGUACGGGAGCGGUGCGCUGAACGAUUACGAUGCGGCACAGCGUCAAUUGGAAGAAGAAGAACAGAAAAUGAUUGCACGUGAGCAAGAACUGACCCAGAUUGUAAACAACACCAAUGACAAACUCAUAGACAUCUCAAUGAUGAGCAACAGCGGGAUCGUCGUACAGAGGCACGAUCUCAGCGAUUUGAGCAAUACGACUGAACACAGUUCUGAGGAAAAUGCAAGUACAGAUAAGAAAAAGGCCGUGUUGCUACAGAGUGUAGACCCUGCAGUGAUCGAUGCAAGCCAGCGGGAGCGGUGUAAACAGCUUUUUAAUGAAUUCUUUGACAGUCUGCAGGAACAGCUCCAAGUCAAGCCCGCGGGGAAACUGAUUGUCUCCCUGUAA